AUGGCCUCCACGACCGAAGCACCUCUCGUUGGCGUUGCAGCUGCACUAAAGGCGGCCUCUGAUCCAUCUUUCACUCCCAAAAAGACACUUUUUAAUGAAUUCUCACUCGAGGGUCGUGUAGCGAUUGUCACUGGAGCUAAUCGGGGUCUCGGGCUAGAGAUGGCCUUGGCUUUAUGUGAGGCUGGCGCCACCGUGUAUGCGCUUGAUCUACCACAGUCCCCAGGAGAGGAGUUUACUGCUACUGCGGAAUACGCGAAGAAGCUUGGUUCUGCCUUGAAAUAUGUAUCGGUUGACGUCACUGACCAGCAGGCUGCGGCCGGAAUCUUGGGAGGCGCCGAUUGUUUGGUUUACAAGGCCGAUGACUUCCAGCGUAUAAUGAACGUCAACGUCAAUGGUGUACUUUACUCCGCACAGGCGGCCGGACAACAGAUGACAAAGUACGGUACUCCCGGAAGCAUAAUCUUGAUCGCUUCAAUGAGUGGGUCCAUCACAAAUCGAGAUCAUGCCUGGGUCGCAUAUAAUACCAGUAAAUCCGCUGUUUUGCAGAUGGCACGGAGUAUGGCAUGCGAGCUUGGAAAGCAUAAAAUCCGUGUCAAUUCCAUUUCGCCAGGCCAUAUCUAUACCAAAAUGACUGCAGCUUUCAUCGACACGCAACCCGAACUUGCUGGGAAAUGGGCCAGCAUGAAUCCGCUCGGUCGUCUCGGCCGACCUGAUGAGUUGCGCGGAGUAGUUGCAUGGCUUGCUUCAGAUGCUUCUACAUUUUGUACGGGCAGCGAUAUCCUCGUCAGUGGUGGUCACCACGCUUGGUGA